AUGCAGCUCUGGAGUUUGCUGCUGCCUCUUGCGCUUCUCUGUACAGCCCUAGCCAGUGGACCCGAAUGUGGGAUGGACGAGCGCUCCCGCAGGGCGAGAAGGGACACCAGGCACAGCCGCCAGCUCCUCUACACUGCCCCGGGCACCUGUGCCACCAGGUUAGCCCGAGGAAGGCGCUCCACUGCUGGGCUGGAGCCUGGGCAUGUCCCCCGCAGGAGGCAACAGCGGGAGGUAGAGGACGGCGAGGAGUCCCUUACCCCGAGCAGGGCGCUCUAUUUCAGUGGACAAGGUGAUCAGCUGCGGCUGAAGGCAGACAUUGAGCUGCCCCGAGAUGCCUUCACUUUGCAAGUGUGGCUGAAAGCUGAAGGAGGACAGAGAUCUCCGGCUGUCAUUGCAGGACUGUAUGACAAAUGUUCUUACACCUCCCGUGACCGAGGAUGGGUCCUGGGGAUUAACACCGUCAGUGACCAGGGGAAUAGAGACCCCCGCUAUUUCUUCUCUCUGAAGACAGACCGUGCUCGCAAAGUGACCACCAUUGCAGCACAUCGCAGCUACCUCCCCAACCAGUGGGUUCACCUGGCUGCCACGUACGACGGGCACCUGAUGAAACUCUACGUCAAUGGUGCCCAGGUAGCCACAAGCGGAGAGCAGGUGGGCAGCAUCUUCAGUCUUCUGACAUUGAAGUGCAAGGUGCUCAUGGUUGGAGGAAAUGCCCUGAACCAGAACUAUCGGGGUUAUGUGGAGCACUUCAGCCUCUGGAGGACAGCCAGGUCUCAGAAGGAGAUCUUGUUGGACAUGGGCCAGGCGAUUCACAGACAAGACAUGCCUCUACCUCAGCUAGUUCUUCAAGACAGUUUACUGAAUGUGAAAAACACCUGGUCUCCCAUGAAGGACGGCAGCAGUCCUCAGAGCAAGUCCAGCUACCAUCACGGCUAUUUGCUGGAUACCAGCCUAGAGCCUCCUCUCUGUGGACAGACAGUCUGUGACAACACGGACGUCAUUGCCAGCUACAACAAACUCCCCAGCUUCCGCCGUAACAAGAUCGUUCGCUACCGUGUGGUAAAUCUCUACGACGACAAACACCAGAACCCCACAGUCAGCCAGCAGCAGAUCGAGUUCCAGCACCAGCAUUUAAACGAGGCUUUCAGCCGCUACAACAUCACCUGGGAGCUGGAGGUGCUGGAGGUGAAGAACUCAUCCCUUCGGCACCGACUCAUCCUGGCCAACUGUGAUAUCAGCAAGAUCGGGGACGAGAACUGCGAUCCCGAGUGCAACCACACCCUGACCGGGUAUGACGGAGGAGACUGCCGGCAUGUACGCCACACGCUGUUCAACAAGAAGAAGCAGAACGGAGUGUGUGACAUGGAUUGCAAUUACGAGAGGUACAACUUUGAUGGUGGGGAGUGCUGCAACCCGGAGAUAACGGAAGUCACCAAGACGUGCUUUGACCCAUAUUCUCCGUACAGAGCAUACUUAGAUGUCAAUGAACUGAAGAACAUCCUCAAACUGGAUGGAUCCACACACCUCAACAUCUUCUUUGCCAACUCCUCUGAGGAAGAGCUGGCUGGAGUGGCAACUUGGCCCUGGGACAAGGAGGCCUUGAUGCAUCUAGGUGGCAUUGUGCUGAAUCCUUCCUUCUACGGCAUUCCUGGCCACACGCACACAAUGAUCCACGAAAUUGGGCACAGCCUGGGGCUCUACCACGUCUUCCGGGGGAUCUCAGAGAUCCUGUCCUGCAGUGAUCCAUGCAUGGAAACAGAGCCCUCCUUCGAGACCGGGGACCUCUGCAGAGACACCAACCCUGCUCCUAAGCACAAGCAGUGUGGGGAUCCCGGACCUGGCAAUGACACGUGUGGCUUUCACAGUUUCUUAAACACACCGUUCAGUAACUUCAUGAGCUAUGCAGACGAUGACUGCACCGACUCCUUCACACCCAACCAAGUGGCCAGGAUGCACUGCUACUUGGACCUGGUCUAUCAGAGCUGGCAGCCAGCAAAGAAACCGGCUCCUGUCGCCAUCGCCCCCCAGAUCGUGGCUCGGACCCCCACCUCUGUCACCCUGGAGUGGUUUCCACCCAUCGAUGGGCACUUCUUUGAAAGAGAAGUGGGAUCAGCAUGUGAUCUGUGCGUGGAGGGAAGAGUCCUGGUGCAGUAUGCCUUCAGCGCCUCGUCCCCGAUGCCCUGCGAUCCCUCGGGGCACUGGAGCCCACGGGAAGCAGAAGGGCACCCUGACGUUGAACAGCCUUGUAAAUCCAGCGUCCGGACGUGGAGCCCCAACUCAGCUGUCAACCAGCACACGGUGCCCCCCGCCUGCCCCGAGCCCCAGGGCUGCUACCUGCAGCUGGAGUUCCGCUACCCCCUGACUCCAGAGUCCCUCACAGUGUGGGUGACAUUUGUUUCCCCUGACUGGGACUCCAGCGGAGCGGUGAAUGACGUCAAGUUGCUCACUGUCAGUGGGAAGAACAUCUCACUUGGGCCGCAGAAUGUCUUCUGUGACAUCCCUCUGACCAUCAAACUGGACGCAGGACAGGUGGGCGACGAGGUGUACGGCAUCCAGAUCUACACUCUGGAUGAGCACUUGGAAAUUGAUGCUGCCAUGCUGAGCUCCAUCCCCCACAGCACGCUGUGCACAGACUGCAAACCCAUCCAAUACAAAGUGGUUCGAGAUCCUCCUUUCCAGUCCGGGUCUCCCGUUGUCAUCUCGAACCUCAGCAGAAGAUUCGUUGACAUGGAGCUGAGCGACAGCACCACCUACACAUACCAGGUCGUCGUUGUUUCCGGGGCAGAGCAGAGUGAACCCUCCCCAGCACUUGUCUACGUCUCUGGGAGUGGGUACUGUGGAGAUGGAGUUAUCCAAACAGACCUGGGGGAAGAAUGUGAUGACAUGAAUAAGAUCAAUGGUGACGGCUGCUCCCUGUUCUGCCUGCAGGAGUUAUCCUUUAAUUGCAUUGAUGAACCCAGCAGGUGUUAUUUCCACGAUGGUGAUGGAGUAUGCGAGGAAUUUGAGCAAAUGACCAGCAUCAAAGACUGUGGCGUUUACACUCCCAAAGGCUUCCUCGAUCAGUGGGCUUCCAACGUCUCCGUCUCCCAUCACAGCGACCAGCAGUGCCCAGGCUGGGUGGUCAUUGGUCAGCCAGCAGCAACCCAGACGUGUCGCACGAAGGUGAUUGACCUGAACGAUGGUGUUUCCCAGUAUGCCUGGUAUCCCUGCACUGCCAACUUCCAGUACUCCCACAUGGCACAGACCAUUUUCUGGCUAAAGGCUUACUUUUCCACGCCGAUGGUGGCUGCAGCAGUGCUUGUCCACUUGGUAACUGAUGGGACCUAUUACCUGGAUCAGAAGCAGGAGACCAUUGGUGUGCAGCUGUUUGACACCAAAGAGCAAAGCCACGAUCUGGGUGUCCACGUCCUGAGCUGCAGGAACAAUCCCCUGAUUAUCCCCGUCAUCCAUGACCUCAGUCACCCUUUUUAUCACACCCAGGCUGUCCUCAUUAGCUUCAGCUCCCAGUUUGUGGCCAUCUCCGGGGUGGCCCUGCGUUCCUUCCACAACUUCGACCCCAUCACCGUCAGCAGCUGCCAGCGAGGACAGACGUACAGCCCGGCAGAGCAGAGCUGUGUCCAUUACUCCUGCGAAGCCACAGACUGCCAGAAGCUGGAGAUCGACAACGCGUUGCUGAACUGCACCGGGGGCGGGUGGUACAACGGAGCCCAGUGCAACGUGAGCUGCAGGACGGGCUACAUUCUGCAAGUCCAGAGGGAUGACGAUCUCAGCAAGAGCCAGACGGAGUCCAGCAUCACCAUGACCUGCACGGAUGGGAAGUGGAGCAAGCAGGUGACCUGUGAGCCUGUGGACUGCGGUGUCCCAGACCAAUACCACGUGUACCCAGCCACGUUCAACUGCAGUGAGGGGACCACCUUUGGCAAGAAAUGUUCCUUCACGUGCCGACCUCCCGCUCUUCUGAAAGGGAACAACAGCAACUUGACCUGCAUGGAGGAUGGGCUGUGGUCCUUUCCAGAGGCUCUGUGUGAACUGAUGUGUCGAGCACCAUCCAUCGUCCCUAAUGCAGAUCUUCAGACCACUCGUUGCCUGGAAGAUAAGCACAAAGUGGGCUCAUUUUGCAAGUACAAAUGCAAACCAGGUUACCAUGUUCCUGGAUCCUCCAGAAAAGCAAGAAAGCGGGCCUUUAAGAUCCAGUGCACUCAGGAUGGCACAUGGCUGCCAGGUGCUUGUGUGCCUGUUACGUGUGACCCUCCACCUUCCAAGUUCCAUGGGCUCUACCAGUGCUCCAAUGGCUUCCAGUUCAACAGCGAGUGCAGGAUCAAGUGUGAAGAUGAUGACAGUCAGUCGGGCCGUGGAAGCAAUGUGAUUCACUGCCGGAAGGAUGGCACCUGGAGCGGCUCCUUUCAUCUCUGCAGGGAGAUGCAGGGCCAGUGUGCUCUGCCCACGCAGCUCAACAGCCACCUGAAGCUGCAGUGCUCCGGUGGAUACGGCAUAGGGGCAGAGUGUACCACCUCGUGUCUGGACCACAGCCAUGAGCCCAUCCUGCUGCGUGUGAAUGAGACCGUGCAGGACAUCCAGCACUGGAUGAACCCUCAGAGAGUGAAGAGCGUUGUCUGCACAGCGGGACUCAAGUGGUAUCCUCACCCUUCCCUGAUUCAUUGUGUCAAAGGCUGUGAGCCUUUCAUGGGAGACAACUACUGUGAUUCCAUCAACAAUCGAGCCUUCUGCAACUAUGAUGGUGGGGACUGCUGUGCCUCAACAGUCAAGACCAAAAAGGUUACUCCCUUCCCGAUGUCCUGUGACCUACAAGGAGAGUGUGCUUGCCGGGACCCCAACGCCCAAGAGCACAAUCAGAAAGAUCUCCGUGGCUUCAGUCUUGGGUAACGCCGAGCGACGUGGAAUGGAGGACCACACUGCUCAAGGCAGGCUAGGAGAGACACCACAUCCCUUUUGGUAUCAUUUUUAACAUUUAGCUGCUCAACUGGAUGGCAUUUCUGCACCAGAGACCCUUAGAAUUCAACCAGUCUGCCUUUAAUUUUUGUCCAAGGAGAACUCAAAGUAGGGGUUUAUGUAUUAACUAUAUCUUAAAUAGCGAUGACAAGAAACAACCAAGAGUCAAGUUGAGAAGACAUUCAUGUAUCAAAACAGCAUGUUAUGCCCACCUAAUUUGAACAGUUCAUAUCUAGAUUUAAGGCGAGAAACAAGCUAUUUAUGUACACGUAUUUAUAGAAAUAAGUAGAGAAAGAGAGAAAGAGUGAGAGAUUAUGAUCAACGCAGAAACACUUUCCCCUCUCUAGCACUCACAACUCAGACCAUUCAUGGAAGAGGCUGUGCUCUUGGAGGACUCCGGGCUGAGCCUUUUCUGAUGCUGAAUGCCAAGGUAUCUCAUGCUCGGGGCACUGAUGCUGGGGUGGGGUCUCUGCAGGGCUGUGCCUCUUGGCAAGUGACUUGCCAGGUGCCCAGUCGGCUCGAGACGUGGGACUCAUCUGCUCCUCACAAGAAUGCUACUUCCAGCCAGAGAGCUCAGCAGGCUGCAGUGACCUUUCUGUACAGCUCCUCCUUCUCCCCCCAACACUCAAAAAGCAAACAAAAAGCCCCCUUGUCGCCCGGCCAGAAGCCAGAGGGCUGCUGGGAUGUUUCUCUGCAGAGGUGGGCAAGUGGUCCCACUGUGGAGCCAGGGAGAGGGGAGUCAGGACUGGCAUUGAGGAAUGUGGAUGAUUGCUUCUGAGGAGCAGAGAGGGUAACUCGCCCCCGCACUUGUCAUUUGAGCAUGUCUGCUGCUGCUACUGCUGCUGCUAUGUCCCAUACAACUAGUUUCCUUACUGUGUCAGGACAGGGUGAAAACAACCCCAUGCAACCAAACAGUCUGCCUUAAAGCUUACCUAUAACCUGCCUUUCAAACCCUCUGGUAUCUUCCUCAGCAUUGGGGCAAGAAAACAGGACACCAGCCAGCCAAAGGAAUCUGCUUUUUGGUCCCUGCCCACCCAAGGGGUUCUCUAAACCUCCUCCAUCCCACUCUUAUGGCUGUGUAUAUUUAACAACUGCUUCACGCUCUUGUUUUCCUAGGAGAGGGGAAGAGGAGGAAGUAUGUACUAUGGGGAGACAGUAUUAAAAUUUUGGUCAUAUUUGUCAGUAUUAAGCAUCCAGGCUUGUAGGUCAGAUAUCUUUGAAAGACCGGGAGCGUAGCUGCUUGUAAUCUUCCAGCAGGAAGGGCAUUAGCUGCAGCAGCUCUCAUAAUUCCCUUUCAUAUAGCUCCAUCCUCUUGUUUCAGCCCAGAGGAGCUCACGUUGUGCCAGACUCUUGUGGGGCUCAUUUUAUCGUAGGGUUCAUCAUCACAUUGAGUCACUGAGAUGCCCAGAGUAUCUCAGUGCUAUUGCUGCUGUUAAAACCAUCCCACAUAAAGCCUAGAGAUGUCUUCAGCGUGGCCUGGACUUGUCUCCUGCUGCUUUGGGUUCCUGCUGCAAGGAGCACACAUCUGAAAGAGCAUCUUCCCAAAUGUUAAUUCUUCCUGUUCCUUGGGACUCUCCUGCUUUGUACAAUCUACUGGGAAAAGACAAGUUGGAAAGAUAUUUUCCUUCUCCUGCCUUUUUGAAUAUUCAGGCACUACAGCAAGGCAGAAAUGUUAAGAGGAAUCAUUUAGCUCGUGGAGAUGGAUGUAAAGAUAGAUAGGAAAACUAGAAAUGGAAAAUUGACAGUUGUAGGUGCAAAGAGCCAGGCACCCACCAUUGGGGUCAUCUCUAUGGGAAUAACCCAGAGAAUAAUCUCACAACCUAAAAUCUGGAGGCCUGGAGAGCAGAUGAGCAUAAGAAGGUGAGGAGUUGUCUGUUGGGAAGCUCUUGGAGAGGGCCUGGCCGUGGGAGCCGUGCGGAUGGCUCUGUACCCACCGUGCAGGGCUAUGGGGGAAGGGUGAUGCAGUGGGAUCAGGGCUUCUUCUAUGGAGCAAAGCUGAAUGGCUGCCAGUGUAGAGAGCAUUAGCAGAAACUGGCCCCUGGGCAAACUUCCACUUGCUCUUCUUGCCACCUAAUUAACAAUGGAAAUAAGUAAUAGGGAGAAGGUUGCUUCCUUCUCAGUCGUUCAUCCUCCUUUCUGCUGGUAAUUGGUUCACGUGCCAUCCAGCCUAUUGGAGGAGCACAGCACCUCCAAACCCUUUCAGGCUGCCAGCACAUCAGCACCUGAGGCAUCUUGGCAGAAACUCUUCCAUCCACACCACCCCGAUUUCACCCAUGUAGGAAUCCCCACUUCAGGCCCUGCAUGCAUCCUGAUGGCAGACCAGUUUACAAAACUCCUGUAUCAGUUCUGCAGCUCAGCAUGGAGGAGAUUUUCCAUCUGCUUUUCCCACCUAGGAAUUGCCCAAGAGAGACAGGUCUGUGUUAGCGUUAUUGCCACUUGCUGCUGUGGCUCAGGGCCUUCUGAGUGACUGUCCUGCCAGGGCCAGCCUCUGCUCUCGGCAGUCUGGGGACGACCAGGUCCCUUCCCCGCACGGAGGCUUUCCAUGCUGCUAUUUGAUAUAUAUUUUUUUUUCCAUUUUUGGCACUGUCCAUCUCCUCCAGAGGGGCUGAGAGCACUGCGAGCAGAGAUGCUGCUCUGAGUCACAUUAACUCACGUUAUGAAUGCACCGUUUUGAUUUUUCAAGGAGAUCAGAUUGCUUUAAGGGGAACAAGGAGAGGGGACUCAUGGGAUCUGAAUACCUGACCAACUGGAUAGCCUUGCAGCAUCUACUGCUGUAAGGACCUUGACUGCCUGGUAGAGUCCUGGGGAAUGCGCCGUCAUGAUGGUGAUGGACAUCCAGUGCAAGAUGAGAGGGAUGCGGGGUGAAACUGAACAAGAAAAUUGGGGGAAUAGAAGAAGGUGCUCAUGCUGAUGAAAUUUAGCUGCUUAUGAAGUCCAGGUCACAUCGGUGCCAAGAGCAUCUCUGUCACAGACUGUGAGCCAAGGCUGCACUCAAAGGGCCACCAGUGGUCUCCAAGGCCAGAGGGAGGGCAAGCUGGAGCAGAAAGCAGUGAAUGGUGCGGGAUGGGGUGGGAAACUCCUAUCAGCUGCUACCCCACUCCCUCCCCACCCUCUCGCAGAUGGGCUGAGCUGGUGUCAUCCCGCUUUUCUUGCAUCUCCUGCUGUCCCCUCCCAGGCUGAGAAAGGAGGAUGGCACCAGAGGACUCUUGGAGUCGGGUUCCAGCUACCUCCCUUCCGGUUUC